AUGGAAGACCCUGACCUUACCGAUGCAGGUGGCGGCUUUGUCAGCGCCAUACCUGGCGCGGCCUCUAUUGACAGUGCGAUGAGCUUUGGCUUAAUUCGUGGUGGGCAUUUGGAUAUGACUGUGCUCGGUGGUUUAGAGGUUGACGAGCGUGGCUAUUUGGCCAACUGGAUGGUCCCCGGCAAAAUGGUGCCAGGCAUGGGUGGUGCCAUGGAUUUGGUGAGCAGCGCAAAAAAAGUGGUGGUCGCCAUGCAGCACACGGCCAAAGGAGAGUCAAAAAUUCUGCCGCGCUGCACCCUGCCAUUGACCGCCGUGCGCCGUGUAGACCUGAUUGUGACAGACAUGGCCGUUAUUGAACCGACUGAGGAUGGCUUAGUGUUGCGCGAACACGCACCAGGCAUCAGCAUAGAGGCCAUUGUUGCUGCAACCGCAGCCAAAUUGAUUGUGCCCGAGCAGGUUCUAGAGAUGCAACUGGCCUAA